AUGGUUCGCGGAAAGCUUCUCGCCACCUGGGCGAUAGCUGCCAUCACCGGCGCCACGGCAGCUUGUACGUCAAACAGACACCAGACCGCUGAUGCAGCCGCAAACGCAUCACCAGUCUCCGAGAGUGUUGCCAGCCCUAGCUCGCCCAGUUCAUCUGACUCAUCUGGCUCGCCUGGCUCCAGUGCCGCCUGCGUCAACAGUCCUUCGGAUAGAGCGUGCUGGACGGAAGGAUUUGACCUAUCCACAAACUACUACGAUGAAGUUCCAGAUACAGGCGUGGUGAGAGAGUACUGGUUCAAUGUCGAGAACGGCACCGCAUCUCCAGAUGGCCAUGAGAUGCCAGUGCAACUCAUCAAUGGAUCGUUCCCUGGCCCAACCAUUAUUGCUGACUGGGGUGACACUGUUGUUGUUCACCUGACCAACUCGCUGCAGACGAACGGAACCGGUCUCGAUUUCUAUGGUAUCAGACAGAACUGGACCGAUCAAAUGGAUGGCGUUCCUAGCAUCACUCAGUGCCCCAUCGCCCCCAACGACACUUAUACCUACAAGUCGCGGGCUGUUGAAUUUGGAACCGGCUGGUAUCACUCUCACUUCUACGUGCAAGCUUGGGAUGGAGUCUUUGGUGGUAUCACCAUCAACGCACCGGCCUCAGCGAACUACGAUGUCGACUUAGGCCACCUCUUCCUCAAUGACUGGUACCACCAAACUGCGGAUGAGCUUGUUACCAAAGCAGCCACGGGAGGGCCCCCAACAGCAGUCAACGGUCUGAUCAACGGUACCAACACCUUCAACGACACCAUGGGCUCCAGGUUCGAAACGGUGUUCGAAGCCGGGACCAGGUACCGCCUUCGCCUUGUCAAUGCCGCUGCAGACAACCAUUUCCGUUUCAUGAUUGACAACCACACCAUGGAGGUUAUUGCAACGGACUUUGUGCCGAUUGUCCCAUACAAUGCCACCCAGCUGAGCAUUGGUAUGGGUCAGCGCUACGACAUCAUUGUGGAGGCCAAGGAUCUUACCGAUGGCGACUUCUGGCUACGAUCUAUCGCACAGGAGUCUUGCUCCGAGUCUGAUGCCGUUGACGAUGUCAAGGGCAUCAUUCGAUACUCCAACUCGUCCACCUCAGACCCCACGACCUCGGCGUACAGCUACACUGACUCAUGCUUGGAUGAGGCAUCCUCCAACCUGGUGCCUUACCUUCCCAUUAAUGCGUCUGACACUUACAUCAGCGCUGACGAGAAGGUUGCCGUCGAAGUCACAGACAACGCACUUCUCUGGACGAUGAACAAGACUUCCAUGCAUACCCAGUGGGAGUAUCCUACCGCCAUGCAGAUUUCACAAAAGAACUCGACUUGGCUCACCAAGCAAAAUGUCAUCCACCUGCCUGAUGCUGACAAGUGGGUGUAUAUGGUCAUCCACUCGCCUUUUGCCCAGGACCACCCCAUGCAUCUUCACGGCCACGAUUUCUGGGUUCUGGACUCUGGAUACGGCAACUUCGACAGCGAUCAGGCUGAUCGCCUGACCUUGGUAAACGCUCCCAGAAGAGAUGUAGCUAUGAUGCCUGGUAGUGGAUACUUGGUCAUCGCAUUCAAGACGAAUAACCCUGGUGCUUGGUUGAUGCACUGCCACAUCGCGUGGCACACCUCGGAAGGCUUCGCCGUGCAAAUCGUUGAGCGCGAGUCGGAGAUUACCUAUGACACGGAUGUGCUGAACCAGACAUGCACCAACUGGAUGAACUACGUGGUCCAAUCUGACUUGAACCAAUAUGAUUCCGGUGUCUAA